GCUCUCCUCCGCUCCACCACGCACCAUGCAGCACUGCAUGGAACAUGUCCGUCUCUCAUGACGCCGCCUUCCCCGUCACCACCACUGCUAUUCCCAUUACCACCCCGCAGAAGCGCCGGCGAGACGAGCUCGACGACUCCCGAAUCGACAUUGACCGCCGGCCCAUCAUUGUGCACGCCUGUACUGCCGAUGCUCCAACGCCUUCCCUCGUCCUCACGCCGCAAUGUCUGUUGUCGCGUGCCCAGCUGCCGAUAGCAUACCUUGACCCUGCUCAGGACUGUCGCCGACUGUUCACCGCCCAUGUCCACCUGCUCGAGACCGGUCAAGAAUUCUACAACAAUACCGCUCUUCUGCUGGUGGAGGAUGAAGCGGACCAUUCGCUGUACACCAUUGAACGUGUGCAGACUCGUAAAUAUGCUCUGUGUCGUCUGACGAGAUCCGUCGCCCUUGAGGAGCUACUCGCUCUUCCUCCACUUGAGACAGAAGCUGGCGCCCCGGCUAAGAAGCGAUGUGUACCUCAAUCAGGCGGCAAGGACCAGUCAUGGUGGGCGACGGCCGCAGUGGGCGCACCAUCCUGUUCCACGUACGCCAGUGAGCAGAUUCCGAAGCUUUCGAUGCAGCCGCAAGGUCCUUCGCCUUUCGUUCGAGAAGAGGUACCACUGGCAGACCAGGAAUCUUUAGCGUGCAUAGAAGCGCCCGUCCCGGAAGUGAUACCGACGGCGAACUUUGAGCAGACCUUGGAGGACUUGUCGAAACACUAUCUGGACGCUCUAUACCUGUCGAGGACGACGCUGGCAUACUUCGUCAAGGGACCUCUUGCGCGAGCACGAGCUGCACUAUCUUCGCAACCAGCAGCCCUCAUUGCUUUCCUGCGUGGAGCCAUGCUGAACCCCACCAGCAUGGAUAAGAAGUUCCGCGAUGUCCUGGCCGGCAUUGUCAAAGAUAUCUCUGUACUAGACACGCCUACUACUCUGUCCAAGUCACGGAGGAAGAAGAAGUGGCGAUCGAAGCGUGACAAGCAUGGUUUAUUCGUGGACGAGAAGGAAUAUAUCGAGGGAUGGUGGCGAAAACACGAUGAGGACAUGCAAACACCACUGACGAACGAGACGAAUGAGGCUCUGCUGAAGCGCCGUUUGCAAGUGGUGCGCAACCGAGAGACAUUACUGCAAGUUGUAGUGGCCAUGGAGGUUCUGGCUCUAGAACAAGUUGCUGCAGCAUGUUCUGAAGAUCCUCCCAUCGCAGUGCGGAGCGAGGAUCCGCCUGGAAACAAUGGUGAAAUUGGCUCAAAAGAUAAGAAGCAACGGAAGAAGAAGGAGAUCGAUGCUCAUGCCAGCUUGGACACUCUCGUCGAACGACUGAACAUCUUCCACACCGUUGAAGCUUCGCCAGUGAAGACGAAAGAUGGUGAGAGCUGCAGCGCUAAUGCGGACACAAAGGAUGAACUCAAGACCUUUGCCGCUGAGGUUAUCAUACCCUUCUUUGCCUCUCGCAUCUUCGAUAUUGCGAACUCUGUCAGCAAGAAGCUCGGCGGGCCCAGUGCUUCACGGCCGCGCGAGAAGAGUUCAGUGAAGGCACCACGGAAGCCUGGUGAACCCACUGUCCGCCAGCCGCCUGAAAAGAAACCUAGGAAGCCGCUCGGCCGCACGUCUACUGACACUUUGAACCACGUUGGAAGGCAGCCUCCUGCUCUGAUGCGCUCCUCUACGGACAAAGAUGCACUGGCUCCGCUCAUCAAAAGGGAGAGGAGCGAGACCCCAUCUCUGCACGAUAUCGCGGCCGCUAAGACUGCCGCAACAGUGUCCAGAAAGAAACCGACUGGUCUUGAUCACUAUACCGCUAAGCAUCGACAGAUAGACUUGUCGGCAAUGUCGCAGGCCAACCAGGCAAAGAUCCGCAAGAACAAGGACCUUGAGGAGAAAAUCUUGAAGGAUGCGCUCAAUGGUAUAAGGAAACCGAACAGAGCACUUGCGACGGAAGAGACGGCCAGGAAUGCAGAUGAGAGCUUCGCGCGAGCACUGGCCAGGAGCAAGCCGACAAAGUCGCAAACACAACGCAGCAUGUCGGCCAAGGACAGCACCAGGAUCACUGCCACGCCCAGACAUGUAAAAGCGACACCAGCUGGCCGCCGUCAGUCGCACAAUAUGCCGGAAGUACGGUCUGGUUCGACGACAGCAGUGCCUUCGUCAGCCAUCGGUAACGCUGCCGACGCAUAUGUGCCGGGCAGCACUUUUGCUGUUCCACAAACCGGCCAUAGAGAUAGACACAAAGACGUUGCGGAGACGCCGUCCCGCGGCUUUGCGAGAUUUAUGCCAUCUGGCCUUGCUCGAGCGCCCGGUACACUGAUAGAGUCGCCAACACUCAGUCGUAGCGCACCUAUAUCAGCGACUCCACUACGUCCGCUACGUAUGCCCGCACUUACAGAGACCCCUCUGGCAGAACAGGGCACAGAACUCGCGCGCCUUGGGACUACGAGCCAUACUUCUCUAGCGUUGUCGGAUCAGCAUGACGACUCCGGGAUUGGACUCGAGAGCCCAGGAAUGAGGAACAAACCCUCCAUAUACGACGCACUGGGAUGGAACGAGGAUUACGACGAACUUGCAUAGCGUAGCGUUAUGUCACAUUGUUUGCAGGUUCAAUGCAUAGCAUGCUUUCCGGCACACGAGUGCAGUCUGAACCAGAGAUGUAUUUCCCAACAGCAACGAAUCGCGGUAUCAUCAUCCUCGCAGUGCUAAUUCUCUAGUGAUCAAGCGUCAUGUAGUGCUUCGGUUGUCCGG